AUGUCGUCGCCGACUUCUGCACCUCAAAAGUCCUCGCUGUACGCCAAUCUUCACAUGAGCGGUCGCCAGAUUCGGCUGCUCCAAAUCACUUCAACCAAGCCUGAAAUCGUCUGCAGGCUCGAAGUCGUCAGCCUUGAAGAUGGGCCGGCAUACAGCGCCUUGUCCUACGCCUGGGGUGACCCUGCAAUCACCAAAAGCGUACUCGUCAACGGCAAACGCGUCAAUGUGACGACUAAUCUCGCAUCGGCACUGGAGCAUGCUCCCAAGCACCUGGAGGAUGCCAAUGUGACCCCUAGGCUGUGGGCAGACGCGAUCUGUAUCAAUCAAGAUGACCCCAACGAGAAGAACCAUCAAGUUCCUUUUAUGAAGGACAUUUACUCGCAAGCGGAAAUUGUCAUUUGCUGGCUGGGGCCACCGGAUGAUCAGAUUCAUCGAGGUUUAGACUGGAUCGACGUUAUCGCUCGAGAAUGCUCAUUCGCACACGACGACGAUAAGCUCCAAUAUGCCUUUGACACUCUCAACCUGCAGAAAGGUUCUGAAAAGAAAGACUCUGGCAGUACUCAGAGCCUGAUAAGGUCUCAGGAUGCUGAUACGAGCGUCAAUGAAGCCACUACCAUGGACAGCUCCGGUGGAAGUGAUGCUCUAGCGUCAUAUCAAAAGAGUCUUCAAGAGUAUACUGAAAGACAGUGCCCAAUCCACAAAAGCCCCAAUUUGGCAUGGAUCAGCAAGCAUCCUUCAUUCUAUGAAAGAAUCCGCGAGGGCGCAGGCGGCGCACGGGACCUCGUCGAUACAUUCGACUCUCCAUAUUGGACUCGUGUAUGGAUAUUUCAAGAGGUAACUCUUGCAAAAAAGCCCAUCUUUGCCUGCGGUACUCGCUCUAUAUCUCUGGCCUCUCUUGAUCACCUCGCCCGCUGGACCCAGUGGUUGACAAAUGACCCUACCAUCGUCAGGCCCCAAGCCAUGGAUCUGAUGCAAUGGGAAGGUUUAAGAUUCGUCUCCCGUCGGGUAUACGCCACACUUGAGUCUAGGCUUGAAGCACGACGCGCCGCAGGUCACCCUAUAUCGUCAUGCUUGAAAGCGCGGGAUGCACAUGUUCAACCGGAAUCGCACUGGCGCAUGGCUUGCAACCUAGUGACGAGCAAUCCGAAGGACUAUUUCUAUGGGUUUCUGAGUCUAAGUUGCCUAGAACUUCUGCCAGACUACAGCGCCGAUACAUCUGUGGGGAUGGUGUGCCGUCAGUUCAUGGUCGAGUAUGUCAGGGCAUGUCGGCGAGGCUCACUCGGUACGAUCUCUGGCGAAUUAGAGCUUCUUGUCUUUGCUGGGGUAGGCCACGGAUGGCACGAGUACCCCGAAACGCCCUCCUGGGCUCCAAAUCUUCCAGGACUGGAGAGGAGGGAUGGAGGGGGCCAGCCUGUUUUCUUCUCCCGCCUCGGCAACUUAGAUCAUUUGUUUCUUCCAUCGUGCAAGAAGACCAAGUUCGUCGGGUCUGAUAUGCUGAUCACGGUUCUAAUUCUCGAUAUGGUCCAAGAUCUGGGCCCCCUGCGAGACGACUUUUGCAACCCUGGGGCUGACCAUGGACCGCCAGGGAUACUCCCUUGGAUCGUGAAUUUUGCAAUAAGCCGCCAGGAAUACGUGAACGGAUGUCACCCGCUGGUUGCGUUGCACUCGAUGCUUCAUUUCGACUCAGGUACCCAGGAACGUGAACCAGCCCUUGUCAUUCCGGACCUCAGACAGGCCACGGGCUUCGCUCACUGGGUAACGUUAAAGUACAAGUACGGGGCCUAUGACGGGGAAGCAGAAGUUGAUCCGCAAAAACAAAAUCCAAAGACCGAAUAUCUGAACCGAUUGUUGGGGGGACUACCGGUGAGUGCUCGAAGAACCACAGGGGAAACGUGUGGCAUUCUAAUCCUUCGCGGUCAAGACCGACGGGGACGCGGUACAUGA